AUGAGAAUCAAUAAGUCAGACCAUAUCGCACAUGUCAAGAAAGAACUUUCACUUUUCCAUCUUGCAGGAAUCGAGAAGACCCUACUGGAAAUGUCAGACUGUAACUUUGUAUCGCAGGACUUGAGCAUGGAUGGAACAAUGAGUGACGAUUCUAAUUUUGCUAGCACGUCGUCCUGGCCCGGAAUCCCCACAUCAGAGCCGAUGGACGACCAAGACAACGAAGGGGACAGUGAAUCCUAUUACUUCGAGUCAGACCAUCUGGCGUUUCGCGGAAACAGCGAUUAUAACGCAAUGUUGAAAACGAUAGCCUUACUAGAGGCACAAAGAAUUCAAGCUAUAGCAGACAUUGAGAAGCUGCACGAAUGCAUGGACGAUGCACUGAAAAGCCCUAUUGAAUUUGUAAAUAAGCUGCAGCAUGGUGUAGAUUUGGGUUUACCAAAAGCACAGCAGGUUACAGAGCUCCCUGCAAUCAACUGGGAGAAAUACACAAGUUCUGUUGACUUUUCCAGUUUUGGAUUUCCUAAACAUGUGACUCGGUUAAGGAAGCAGUUAGUUGAGGGACCAGGCAAUCCGGAAUGUUUGGAUGACUCGGUAAAAGUGGAGGGUAAUAUGACAUUAGUGAGAGGUAGGGUAAAAGGAGACGACAAAACAGAAACAUUCAACAAGCUGUGGACAGCAGAGGAACAGAAGAGAUUAGAGGAACUUUUGGUAGAAUUUCCACCUGAAGAAGUGGAAGCAAAACGAUGGGCAAAGAUUGCAAAUGCACUUGGAAAUAGAACACCUAUCCAAGUGGCAAGCCGUGUGCAGAAGUACUUCAUAAAGCUGGCCAAAGCAGGACUUCCAAUUCCUGGGAGACUUCCAAACACUGCUAUUCAUAGACCAAAGCAUUCCCACAGACAUCAAAGAUUUCAGAAGUUUUACUACCAACCGUCCACAUUCCUGACAUCUCACGAACCCCCAGUCUACAUGUCCGAUGACGAGAAUAAUUCCGAGUCCUUCUAUGGCGGUGAUGAAGCCAGAGAAAACUUUCUCAGUUCUGGAUUUGAUAACUCUGACGAGGAAGAAGAUCCAGACGAAGAUGAACUCAUUCCUAUCGAACUGAGAAAUACACCAGAGUACGAAGAGUUGAUGCAACUAAAGAAACUUAAACACCUCAAAAUGAAAGUAAAGAGUGAGGCAACCACAAAACACUUUGGCUUCAGAUGUGAUGGUUGUAAUUGUGACCCAAUUGUUGGCACCAGGUGGCACUGCCAGGACUGUGAUCAAGAGGAGUGUGUGGAUUUUUGUGAGAACUGUGUCAACAGGAACAUUGAGAUUGGACAACAUAACUCCAGUCACCGCCUCACAGCCAUAACAAAACACCAGGCCGACUACGGGACAGAUAACUCCACUCACCAUCCAACAGCCCUAACAAAAGACUCCGCGGAUAAUGAUUACGGGACCAAGUCCUUCAUGCCAGAGGGAUACAACUACUUAGACCCAAAUUACAUGCCAGCAACCUAGGCCAAAAUCACAAAUAAUAGCUGUAUAGACCACUAGUUAGUAUUUCUGGAGUAAAGUUUAUUUAAAUGAAAUGUACCAACAGAUAAUAUAAUAAAUAGCAGACAGCAGUCUGACAGCUUCAAUUAAGGUACCAGUAAAUAAUCGUGUAAUAUAUAAUAUGUAAGUACUACAGUCAAACCUCGUUAUCUCAAACUCAACUGGACCAAAAUUAAAUCAAGAUAUCCAAUGAUUUGAGAUAACUGGGUUUAAAGCAUGACAAAUUUAAGAGAUUGGGACUGCAAGCUAACUUUGAGAUAUUCCUAAUUAUGGAGAUAUUGGUGUUUGAAAUAACAAAAUUCAUCUGUAUCAGUAUGGUUUUGUAUGAAUUUAUGAAGCUGGAUGCCUCUGUUUAUGACUUUAUGUGCUAUACAUGUGUAGUAUAACUUAAAAAGUGUUACAUUUCACAUUCUUAUAACUUAAAGGAAAAACAUAUACAGUAAAACUCGUUUAGUACGAACACUGAUAUUGCGAAUUCAUGGAUAUAAUGAAGUUAUCCCCCA